AUGGGGUACGUGCUGUCGGCGGUGGCGAGGGUGCUGGAGCAGCCGACGGCGUGGGGCGCGGCCUGCGAGAUGGCGCUGCUCGCGGGGCCGCUCUGGGCGGCGGCCCUCGUCGGCCUCCUGCUCGGCUGGGCCUGGCGCCCGCGCUGGGCCGCCGGCACCGUCGCCCCCGCCGCCGACCCGCCGCAGGUCGCCACGCUCGACUUCUGGAGGGCGCAGCUCCCCGCCCGCAUCCGCGGCCCGCUCGACUACCUCGCCGGCGCGCGGCAGCGGCAGCAGCAGGAGCAGGAGCAGGAGGACGACGAGGCUUCCCUGCAAGGGUCGUCGGAGAUGGCGAACGAGGAGCUGGCGGUGGGGAAGGCUGACCUGGUGAACCUCUGGAGGCUGGUGGAGGGCAACGACGGCGGCCCGGCGUGGAUCAAGAUGAUGGAGAAGGCGCUGCCCAACAUGACCUACCAGGCCUGGAGGAGGGAUCCCCAGAAUGGGCCUCCGCAAUACCAGAGCAGCACAAUCUUUGAGAACGCAACCCCGGAUGAAGUAAGAGACUUUUUUGGAGAUGACGAGUUCCGGAUGUCCAACAAGUGGGAUGAUAUGCUCAUCUCUCACCAGACGCUGGAGGAGUGUCAGACAACCGGGACGAUGAAAGUGCAUUGGGUUCGCAAGUUCCCCUUCUUCUGUAGUGACAGGGAGUACAUCAUUGGUCGCCGGAUAUGGAAACUGGGAAGCGCGUACUAUUGUGUUACAAAGGGUGUGCCAUGUUCAUCCAUCCCGCGGCGCAGCAAACCUCGCAGAGUAGAUUUGUAUUACUCAAGCUGGUGCAUCCGUGCAGUGGAGUCAAGACGAGGGAACGGUGGAUCGACUGCCUGCGAGAUCCUCUUGUUCCACCAUGAGGAUAUGGGCAUCCCCUAUGAGCUUGCAAAGAUUGGCAUUCGGCAGGGCAUGUGGGGAUGUGUGAAGAGAAUCGAACCUGGACUCCGUGCCUAUCAGAAAGCCAGGGCUGCUGGGGAGCCACCUUCGCCGAGUGCCUUGAUGGCACGGAUCAACACCAAGGUCGGCGACAAUUUUGUCCGAGGAAUGGAGUCAAACAGUGACCAAUCAGACAUCAUGGAAGCCGAAGAGAAACCUGUGAAAAACCGGAUGGCGAGGUUCCUUGUGCUCGGCGGGGCUGUGGCUUUAGCCUGUACUCUCGACCAAGGGCUCCUGACAAAGGCUCUCAUCUUUGGCGUUGCACGGAAGUUUGUGGGGCAGAGGAAUACGUUGUAG